AUGCUACUCUUGUUACCAUUGGUUGUUCUCUCAAGCGUGCAGAACGCCGGCGCCAAUUCCGAGCUGGGGGUGACCUGGGUGUGCGAAGAUGAGCAAGUCGUCGUCUCGCUGAUCUCCACCACCGGGUUUAGCGGAAAGAUUAUGACAAAUAGGAGAGAUCCGGAGUGUCAAGCCAGCGGUGAUGGCAUGAAGAAGGUGAACUUGACGAUCCCGUUCGCAAACUCCAGCGCAUGCGGCGUGGUUUAUGAUGAGAAAAAGCACAGCUACAAAGUCAACGUCGAGGUGCACACGAAUCCGAAACUUGUCGUGGAUUCGGACAGCGAGUACCCGAUCGCUUGUGCGGCCCCUGGGCGGAAAGCGGAGAGCUUCUCACCACCCUCCUUCGACAUGACGUUCCAACUGAAAGGGUCCAAUAUUCCUGUGGAGAACCUAAUCUUCGGCGAAGCCUACAUCCUUACGAUCAAACAAUUCUCUGAAAAUCCACUACCGUUUGAACUGACCGAUGAGAAAGGGUGCCCGACAAAAGCCGGCUUCUUUACGCCGUUUAGUCGGAGUGCGGACGAUCGGACAGCCACCGCCUCGGUGCCAUCGAUGCUCAAACCGGAACACUCGUCCGAGCUGUUCUUCCGGUGUGCCGUUCGGCUAUGCCGGGGUGGGGAUCCGUGCACGUCCCACUGCCGAGAUGACCAAGAUGUCGUGGACCAGACAACGGCGCUUCUAAAUUCGGUCGACGGAAGUGGUGAUGAAGUCCCGGCCGAGGACACCCGUGCCAACGUCUUCUACGUGAAUACCACAGUCCGAAUGGGAAACGAAGAGUUGGUGGCCUACGGUCUCGUGUUUCUCAUUGGCUACCUGAUGGCGACGCUGUUCCACGUGACGUUGUGGUGUUGCUGCUGCCGUGGAAGGGGCCGAAGACGUCAGGGAGACGUUCGGAAGGAGGACAUCGUUGUGCGGAGGGCCACCGAGACGGAUUACUGGAUUUCGGAACCGACGGCUGAAGCAAAGGAACCGAAAUACGGCAUCGUCACUCCAAGCCCGUACUAUGGAGUAUCCCGUCGUCUCUCCAACGUCUCCUACGCGUCCGUCCAGAAGAACCACAGCCGUCCAGUGCGACCAGCGCCACCUGUACCCUCGGUUGGCAGGGAUUACGGUGUCCCGUCAACGAUCAGCAUCCCCGGGCAGGGCACAGAGAUGUCUGACUAUGGCUCGAGCGUCGACGGCAAGGAGUACGCGCCGACCACCAGCACAUUCAUGACCCACUCGACGACGGCCGAGACCGACCUCGGCAGCCCGGAUAGUAAUCACGCUAUGUCAUAUCAU